UGUCUGCGAGGGCCUUCUUCAGCUUCUCGAGGGUCAGCCCCUCGGUCUUCAGUUCGGUGGCAAAGUCAAAAGCUGCGCCGGUGAGGUUGCUGAUGGCCAGAUUGACGAGUUCACCUUCCGUGAUGCCAGGGCAGCUGUACUUGCAAACUGCUUGUUGAGGAUGGCGGCGGUUGCCUUGGCUGCGGCGGAGGCGCCGUGUGCCUCAUCUGCGGCCUUGUCUGCAUCGACCGUGUUGACGAGGAAGGGGUCGAAAUCCAUGAGGAGCGAGCUCAUCUUGAUGGUGAGUAGGUACAGUUGCGCGCGCGAAUAGCCACAAAAGAUAAAAGAGGUGAGAUUUACCCAAGUGCAAUAAAAUGCUCUCAAUCAGAGCCCUGAAUUUAAAUUUUAUCUUUAAUUCGGUGUGAAUUCAUUCAAUACUCGCGAAAAUAGAAAAAAAAAAUGCAACUUGGUUAAAGUCUCUAGCAAAAGGGAACUUAACUUUAACAGCUCUGGCAAGUCAGCUCGGCAGGUGCCUCCAGGGUAGCAACGGCGUCCCGUCCUAAGGGUGAGAGCAAACGGCUGACUUCAGAUGCGGAACCAGCGUCCGGAACGGGAUGAGGUCGGAUGGAGCUUUUGGUACGGAUGAGUCCUUCUGCAGUGGGACGUUCCUCUUGGGGCACAAUUCAGCACCCCACACCUGACACCAAAUCUGUCGUGUAACCACACGACACUUUGAAUUAAUCAGCAAGUUCCAUCCGAGCGCGUCAAAAUUUAACCAGAGCUGGAGACUGGCCGGGGAGAACUCAUUUGGGUUUUAAUUUAAGUUUCGGCUUACUAUUGGGUUUUGGGGAAUAAUUGGCCUUCGGUCUUUAUCUAAUUGUCUCUUCAUUUGACUUUUAAGUUUGACUAGUUUGAGUUUCACUUUAAAUAACUAAUUCCUUAAUUUAUCUUUAUUAUCCUGUUCUUCUUAAUUUAUCCUUAAGUUAAGCUUUAAUCUGAGAUUAUUCUAGGCUUUAAUUUAAGAUCUUAACCUCAACACGUGGGGACACGUGUUGGCCAAAGUUUAACUUAUUUAUCUUAAAAUCUUUUAAUUAAAUCAAGUUAAUUCUCUUAUUUUAAUUUAUUCUCUAUUGCUUAAUUCAGGGUUGCUUAACUUCAAUUACUACACAAAGGGUUUAAAUUUAAUAAUAGUAGUUAAGGUUAUAUUUUCUUAAGUCUAACAAUUACAAGUUUAUUAUUAAUUAAGUUUAAAAUAUGUUCUAAUAAAUAGGCCUGAUUAAUUAAAAUUACUUAAUUUAAAUGAGAGAGAGUCUUUAAAAGGGGUGAUUUGGGCUGAUUGAGAAUUAUUACCGGAGUUGUGAUGCUAGUGUGGUUGGGCAAUAUGGCGGUUUUAGAGCAAAAGUGAUAUACGUCUGAACGGCUUGAGUCUCCCAGGCUGUCUGACUUGUCCGUUGGCGCCCAACCUGGCGUCAGCACGCCAGGUAGGGACGCGGAAGUCAGUGGCGCCGCGGAAGUAGGCGCGCUCGAGAACUUUUUGAGUUUAAGUGUUUCAGUUACAACGCGGUUUUUACAAAUGUUCGGCGGGAAUUGACUUUAAACAUAUACAGGACUCUCUAAAUUAUUUUUAUUUAAAUAUGGAAUGGCCUUUAAUUAAUUACGUAGUGCUCGCGAUGUUGAAUCUGCGGCGGUCAGUCUCUCGGCGGUCCGUAGACGGCCAGGUCAAUGGCCGGCCUAAGGGAGGGUCACGUCAAUUAUGCAUUAAUUAACUCUUAACUCUCUGGACUGCAAAAAAGAACCUGGUAGUUCCAAAAACACCAAUAGGUGGCUUGAAGGUGUUGCCAAACGCUUGAAUCUGACCAAGAAUCUGGCUUGGAUGAUCGCAUUUUUGGCGGGAGGGUAAUGUCAACCGCAGCAGCAGCUGUUCAAGCUGUUGUUGGUUUUGUUUACCUGUUGAAGAAUCAUUUGAAAAUAAAAUGUUUUUUCCAAAUAAAGUGACGUUAAACCUUUAAUGAGCCGGUAUGUAUUUUACAUGAAACUUAAUAAGCUUAUUAAUUGCAUGAUUAAUGUAUAAUCUGAUCUUUUUUUCAAUUGUUAGAUCUUCCAAGAAAUCUUCAACUACAUUUAUAUGUAAUAACUCCUGUCUGUUUCUGCUGAUACUCUGCCGCGUGAUUUUUGACGAGAUUAAUUUAAAAUGGACCUUGAGCUUCAAGGAGAAGACGGAAAAUUUUAUUCCGUGUAUUCUAAGAUAAAAAGGGUAUACGUGAAAAACAGGGAUUCCGAAGAACGGCAGAGGGAUCUGCGCAUAGAUCUUGACCUGCUCUCCGGAAAUGGCCCUUUGGGUAGACAGAUUUUGAGUCUGCAAAUAACAGAUGACGAUGACCCAUACUUUUUAUUCCUGCUGUCGCUGACAGUUGAAGAUUUCAAAAUUCUCCGAAUGGAACAAGGUCUUAUUGUCGACUUUGACAACUUUGCUAACCAAGUGGUGCGACUACUCGAUGAGUGUUCGUCUUCUUCAAAGUAUACUCAGGGCAACAGAUUCAGCCUAGUGCUCAACGAGGACCUGAAGAACACGAGACUCGAGUUCAUGGAGACGAAUGAGUUCAAGCACUUGUGCCACUUGUCGCUAAAAAUGAUUGAAGGCUCAAGCGCUGACAUCAAGAAACACAUGGCUCUAAAAAUUCAUAAUUUAAAAGAUUCAUUGAGAAAUAUAAACAAUAUUUUGGAGCAAAAGCAGCAAAUGCUGAGUGUGGCUUACGAUAAGCUGGAAGCAAAGGAUCAGGAGUUAGAAAGAAAUCGGCAACAACUAAAAGAGGAGAAGGAUAGUUUAGAGCAAAGAGUAAUUCAUGAAGCAGCAGAGGCUCGUGAAAAUUUGACAAGGGCUCACAUGGAGUGGCAAAGCAGAAUGGAUAAAGAGAGACAAGAGAUGGAGGCAACCAAGGUUCAAGAGGUCAAAAUAUUGGAAGACCAGUUGUCUGAAGUGAAGUUGCGGAACACCCUGCUCUCAGAAAAAUUAAUGAACACGGAAAACAAUGUCAGGGAUCUUGCUAAAUUAGCGGAUAGCACUCAAAAAGAAUUAAAAGCUGCACAAAAGGAGGUGGUCACGCUGAGGAAACAAAAUUCACAAAUUGACAUGGAUUACCAUAAAAAAGAUGAAUCUAUGAACUCUUUAAAAACUAAACUGGCUGUUUUGGAACAAGAACUGAAGUCAAAGUUGGCACUGCUGGAGCAGCAACAAGAAGUUUUGCAGUUGACGACAGAACGGAAAAACGAACUGGAAGCAAAAAUUGCAAACAUGGAAGCGUCGGUCGGUACCAAGAAGGCCUCUCUUCAGCAGCUACAGAGUGAAAUGGUCAAAGCCAAUGAGAUUAUCACAAAGCAGUUGAACGAGAUCCAAAAUCUGAGUGCUAAAGUUAAAUUGAGGACAGAAGUGGCUCUCAAACAAGAGAGUUUGCUUGAGGCUCGGGAAAAAGAGAUUGCAGAUCUGAAGAACAGAGUUACAAAACUCGAAUCUAGUUUGGCUACACAUGAGGAAGAAACUGGCAAACUCAAAGAGGAGCUGGAAAAAGCUGCAGAAAAUCUGAAAGGAAAGGAUCUUAUUAUCAGGAAUAAUGAGCAAGUCAUUGGGUAUCUGACAAAACAAGUAAAAGAGGCAGACGGAAGAACUCUCAAGUCCAUAAUGCCCACCUCCCUAAUGGCCCCUAUGACUUCGACUCCUAUGAUCUCGGGUGGUUCUGGACCAUCUGGCUUUUUCGGUACCAGCUCUGUGCAGCCUAUGGAAAACAGCGCUGAGCACUUCCUAAUGAGACAGAAGGAAAACAUCAGAACUCAAGCAGAACUUCGCCAGAAGUUAGGUCUCACCGAUCCUCUGGGGUCAUAUCGACCGAUGGAGAAAACUCCCUUGACUCCUCUGUUGGAGCAAGAGAGUGAGUCUCGAUCCCAUUCCAGUGCCUCUGGAGAUGCAAGAAAGCCCCAAAAGGCCAGAGAGCCCCCCAAGUCGAGAUACAACCCUACGGCAACAACCCCAGCAGUAAAGCGGUCUGACAUUCUCUCGGCCUACUUCCCCAAGUCAGCAUAGCAACGCAGCCCCCAAGGACAACAGUGUGUAGUUUUGAAAGAGUGGGUGGAGUGAAUGAGUCUUCAAAUGCCAAGGGGCAAUUACGUCGUCCAAGAGGUGACACGAUAAUAGUGGCGAACGAGUGAGAAAAGAGUGGUGCAUCCAUCGUGGGGGCUGCGCGCAGCCGCCUCCGAGGCAAGUGGGGGCCCUUGAUAUUUAUCCAGUGAGCGCAGCC